CCCUGGACGGGACCAAGACCCGGAAGGUGAAGACCAGCCACCUGCUGCGAAUCGACGAGCACGACUUCACCAUGAGGCCCGCCUUCGCAGGUCCGGCCGUCCCUGUCGGAGUGGACGUGCAGGUGGAGAGCCUGGACAGCAUCUCGGAGGUGGACAUGGACUUCACCAUGACCCUGUACCUGCGGCACUACUGGAAGGACGAGCGGCUGGCUUUCCCCAGCGCCACCAACAAGAGCAUGACCUUCGACGGCCGGCUGGUCAAGAAGAUCUGGGUGCCCGACGUCUUCUUCGUGCACUCCAAGAGGUCGUUCAUCCACGACACCACCACCGACAACAUCAUGCUGAGGGUCUUCCCGGACGGCCACGUGCUGUACAGCCUGAGGGUCACGGUCACCGCCGCCUGCAACAUGGACUUCAGCCGCUUCCCCCUGGACUCGCAGACCUGCACGCUGGAGCUGGAGAGCUAUGCCUACACUGACGAGGACCUGAUGCUGUACUGGAAGAGCGGAGACGAGUCCCUGAGCACGGACGACAGGAUCUCUCUGUCCCAGUUCCUCAUCCAGAAGUUCCACACCACGUCCAGGCUGGCCUUCUACAGCAGCACAGGCUGGUACAACCGUCUCUACAUCAACUUCACCCUGCGGCGCCACAUCUUCUUCUUCCUGCUGCAGACCUACUUCCCCGCCACGCUCAUGGUCAUGCUGUCCUGGGUGUCGUUCUGGAUCGACCGCCGGGCCGUGCCCGCCAGGGUGUCUCUGGGCAUCACCACCGUGCUCACCAUGUCCACCAUCAUCACUGGGGUCAACGCCUCCAUGCCCAGGGUGUCCUACAUCAAAGCCGUGGACAUCUACCUGUGGGUCAGCUUCGUCUUUGUCUUCCUGUCCGUCCUGGAAUACGCCGCCGUCAACUACCUGACCACCGUGAGGGACGGGAAGGAGCGCAAGCUCCGGGAGAAAGCUGCCCAGCAGGCGCAGACGCUGCCCUGCACCUGUGGCAUGUCUCACGCCAAGACCAUGAUGCUGGACGGCACGUACAGCGAGGCGGACGCCAACAGCCUGGCGGGCUACACCCGGGCCUCCAUGGCCGCCGAGGACUCCUCCGAAAAGCAGGAUCGCAUGGUGGUCCACCUGGCCCUGGACAGCGAGUCCACCGAGACCAAGAAGAAAGGCGUGCGCGGCUUCCGGAUCAUCCAGAACACCCAUGCCAUCGACACGUACUCCCGCAUGAUCUUCCCCGGAGCCUACAUCCUCUUCAACCUCAUCUACUGGUGUGUGUACUGCUGA